UAAAUGAAAUAAAAGAAAUGGCUAGAUUUGCAACUAUAAUUAUGGGAGCCUUGUUGCAAUUGAUGAUCAUGUGUUACUCUGGUCAGAAAUUAAUAGAUGAAAGUCAGAAUAUAUUUUACCGAGCAUAUGCAGCGGAAUGGUACAUGUUUUCACCGAGGCUGAAGACGCUACUGAUUAUAACUUUUUACAGAAGCAUUACACCGUGCAGUUUAACUGCAGGCAAAUUGCUUCCAUUGUCGAUGACGACUUAUGCCGCGGUGGUACGAGCGGGCAUGUCUUACUUCACGGCGUUCUUGUCGAUUAAGAAUUAAUUGAUUUUGCGAUCCAAACGUUUUAUUUUAG